GCAAAAAGCUUCAUGGCGGCGGCGACCCUCUAUCCUGCUGUGUUUAUCCAUGGCACUCUGGGCUGGGGCCGACGUACUCCGUUCUUCAACCUUGCUCCGGACUACUGGCCGUUGAAGCACCUCGAGGACAUCAACCCGAACCACAUUGUUGUGGAAGUCGGCAUUGCGUCAUCGGACCACGACCGAGCAUGCGAAACCUUUUAUCAACUCAUCGGCGGCCGUGUCGACUACGGGGAAGCCCAUGCUGCCGAGAAGGGUCCGACGCGGUUCUGGACUAUACUCGACACAUGACUGGAUGGAAUGUUCACGUUUAGGACAUUCGCGCUAUGGAGCAACCUUUGACACAGCGUUGCACCCAACAUGGAGCGAGUCGAACCCUGUCCACCUCAUCGGACACAGUUAUGGUGCCACCACCGCGCUCGAGUUGUACCAGCUUCUGUGCGUGGACUUUUUCGGCAUCGGGAGCAAUUACAAGUGGGUCAAGAGCGUCGUCUCGAUCUCGGGGACGCUCUCCGGCACGACGAUAGGGUCCAUGCUCGGCUCAACACUUGGAAACCCGUCCCCGUUCGGCACGAUCAGCUACUGGAUUGCAUGUGGGUUUGCAACGCUGCACAAGCUUCAGCAGCACGUUCCAUGUCUGUCGCUCCUGUACGACCUUCGCAUGCCUCAGUGGUCGGAAUCGUCGUCAUGGCGAACCUUGUACAACCCAGCGCACAAGCCGCUCAACACGGACGACAACGUGUUUACGUGCUUACUGCCCCAACACCGGCUCGAGAAGAACCACAACCUCGUCCACAUGGAUAAAAUCCACUUGUUCAGCAUUGUGUCGCAAACGGCAAGUGUCUUGACGUACCCGCCCGUGGUGGAAAUGGUGUCGAUCGCGGCGCUCCUGGCCAUGUGGAAGCUCAAGAAGCCAAAGCUGUGGAUUGGACUGCUGUCGCUUUGGCUGUGCCGACGCCUGGCCAAGGUGGACUGGUCCAAACCGUCGCUGUUCCUGGCCUACUUUAUGCGGCGCCAUGCUGAAAACGCCGACGCGUUCUUUGAAGGCUUUGACAAGGAUGCGUGGCAGCACUCGGACGGCGUUGUGAACUCGUACUCCAUGAUUCGACCACGGUUAAGCCUGACGUCACAGCUCCCGAUCGAGGAAUCCCCGCAGCAGGAUGGAUCGUCGUCCGCCGUCAUGGUCCGUGUGCCAUCCCAUGUAUCGAUUGACAUGGGCGAGCCCGACGUCCUCUGCGCCACGAUUCCCAUGGGACAAUGGCAUGUCUACCGGGUGGCCAAGAACCACUUGUGUGGUACACGUGGCGAUAGCGAUGCCCGAGAGCUGUACACACGGCUCUUCCGUCUCCUCAAUCAGAUCAGCGGCCUGUCGUUCGAUACGAACGAUCGUGGCAUCGUCAAUUCGUGCUGACGGCAUGUAGCUUAAAACUCGAAUCGAUGUGUCGGCCCAUGUGAAAACGAUCGGUCGCCUUCCGUCCAUACUACACAAGUGGCGAUGGCAGCGCGCCCAGCCCCUUUGGGAACGACAGCUACAUCAAGGACUGGACAACUGCCAUUGCUGCAGCGGGAAGACGGCAACGUCUUUUCAAGGCACAGUGGAAGGCUGUUGAUCAGCAGCACAUCAUGCAUCUCGUGUUGACGAUGCGUCCAUAUUUUCUACUAGUGUCCGCGACGAGAUGGGAGCGACGCGGCAGCCACCAUCGACUUGAAAGCGGCGUCGAGGGUCGUGGCCGCUCUUGCAAGACCCGACAAUUCGUCGUUGAAGAGGCGGCAAUUAUCCCACACGAGCUGGA